UCGAGUCAAGGAACCCGAGGCCAUUCGAGACGUGAACACGAGAACACCUAGUUCAUGCUCGUGCGUUAUCGCGUAUUCGUCGCUUUUUUUUUAUUGUGCUUUUUAACAUGUGUGACUGGUUCAAUGAAUUUACGUUAAAGUUUUUGAACCAAAAUGAACCCGUUAUAUGGGACCCGGGAAUUUGUACCGCAAAGAAAAAUGUUUGGAAGCCGCCACCCCGGACCGUUCAUGCGCGCAAGUUCGCUGUUCGAGCAGGUGUAUUUUAGUAUUAUUCUGCCUGUUACCCCCACGACAAGGGAGUAUUUAAAUACCGCUAUCCGCAACCUGCGGACCCGAUCUAGAGGCGAGAACCAGCGCCCCAAAACCACGUCUCGUUUCCGGAACGUGAUUUCGCUAGAUUACACCAACAUACAACAUAAUUUUAUAGAAUAUUUAUUAUUAACUUAUUGGCUAUACUCAAUGGUAUACCCGACUCGCUGAAUCGUAGCGAAGAAACGAGCACAAGCCCAUACAGCGGUGCUCACAGGGGCGGCCCCAGGGAGAGAGGCUAGGGCCGUGGCCCCCUCCCAAGCCCGUACCGUAUUUAUAAAAAAAUUUAUAUUGUUAACAAAACAUGCAUAUUAUAAUAUGUACUAUCAUACGACAAGCAUGUAGAUAGAGCCAUAGAGGUAUUACGGUUGAAAGGAUUUCCUUCACACUUAGGAAACUAAAAACCUGGCUUCGUUCAUUGAUGACUGAAGAUAGAAUAUCAGCAUUAUGUCUAAUUAAUGUAUA